CUCUUACACAACCACAGAUUUGUGAACAACUCUUUGAGGAAUUUAAGGUGAAAUACUUACCAAAUGCAGAACUACUGUGGCAAAAUGACCAGAUGGAUCAAUACCCAAAUGUUUUUCUUUGUUAUCAUGACUCUCGAGUACAAGAAGACAUACUGAAACCCUUGCAGGAAAGCGAUAGAUCAGGAAAACCAAUUUUAGUUGUUGGUAUCCAACCGUGUGAGAAAACCAUAAAUCCAAGUCGCUUAUUGAAAAAUAACAUUCUGUGCAAGGAACAGGAAAAUACCUAUUUUACUGAUAUUAUAUUCUCUGAUAGCAGUGAAGAUUGUUAUUUAUGUAAAACAAACUUGACAGCGGCAGAAGAUAUCAAUGAAUUUUGCAAACCUUUCGAUUCACCAGAAGUGGAUAGACCCUCAAUCUGUAUUAAUGCAACUGCUAGGGGACAACAACAGGAUUUCAUGGAACUUCAGGACAGAAGUGGCAGGAAUCUGCUUUACAGAGAAGAAAACAAUUCUUCAUCGUUGCAAUCAAUUAAGAUCAACAAUGUUACACAAGGACACGAAAACUCAGAGGCAAGAAAAUAAAUGUUUAGAUUUUUAAAUGAAUGCAGUCCUCAGUGACUAUGUCGAUA